UUUAUCUCGCCUGGGUGCUAAAGCGUCGCUGAUCCCAUUUCAGUACCAGCAGCCAUGGCCGAAAUUAAGACGGGAAUUUUUGCAAAAAACGUCCAAAAACGGCUAAGUCGGGCGCAGGAAAAGGUGCUGCAGAAAUUGGGUAAAGCGGACGAGACAAAAGAUGAACAGUUUGAACAAUGUGUCCAGAACUUCAAGAGACAGGAGUCAGAGGGCUCCCGACUGCAGAGGGAAAUGAGGGCGUACUUGACAGCUGUGAAAGCAAUGCAACAGGCUUCAAUAAACUUGACAGAGUCACUACAUGAAGUCUAUGAGCCAGAUUGGCAUGGGAAGGAUGAUGUCAUGACGAUCGGGAAGGAUUGUGAUGCCUUGUGGGAGGACUUUCAUCAAAAGCUAGUGGACUCGACAAUAAUCACAUUGGACAACUACCUCCAACAGUUCCCUGAUCUUAAGAUCCGUGUUGCAAAAAGAAGCAGAAAGCUGAUUGACUUUGACAGUGCACGGCACCAUCUAGAGACCCUUCAGGCAUCAACCAUGAGAAAUGACCGGAAGAUCGUGAAGGCAGAAGAUGAGUUGAAAAAGGCCCAGAAGGUGUUUGAUGAGCUAAAUGUUGGUUUACAGGACGAGCUGCCCACUCUUUGGGACAGCCGAGUUGGAUUCUAUGUGAACACGUUCAAGAGUGUGACACACAUUGAGGCCAAAUUCCAUCGGGAAAUCUCCUUACUCUGCAAACAGCUGUAUGAAGUGAUGACCAAACUUGGAGAGCAGCAUUCUGACAAAAUGUUCACCAUUCAGGGAGCUCCAAGUGAUUCGGGACCUUUGCGUCUCGCAAGGACUCCAUCACCCCCAAGUGAUGAUAGUCCACCUGACAGCCCAGUAGCAAGUCCAAACCACUCUCUAAGGCCUGUUUCUCCUGGUCCACCAAGGCCCAAAUCACCAUCACAGCUGAGAAAGGGGCCACCGGUACCCCCACCACCAAAGGUCACUCCCACCAAGGAGCUGCACCAGGAGCAGAUCAUCAACCUGUUUGGUGACGAAUUCCUACCACCGCCUGCAAUGUCGCCAUCACUGCCCAACGAGAGACCAGGUGAAUCUCUCAUGGAUAUGGACUUUGAUCCCUUCACCCCAAACACUCCAAUGGGGCAGCCUGUGUCACCAGUGGGACAGGCAUUACCCUGGGACAUGUGGACGGCAAAUGUUGAACCUGCACAGCCUCCGGACUCUGGGUCUGUGAGAACUGUGGGUGCUGAGGAGAGGGGCGGUUGUAGUGAUCCCUCAAGCACUACUGACUUUAACCCUGGGUUCCCCGCAUUCCCUGAGCAGGGUGGAGACUCUGGCUUCGUUGCAGACUGGGCCGCUGACUUUGGCCCCACUCCAGAGAACGGAGACUCUGUUCCUGCGGCUGCUGAAGCUGCAGCCCGUCAAGCUCCUACUGCAGGGCAAGAAGAGGCCCAGGAUGGGGCCCAGAGCUGGCACCAGGCAGACGGCUGGGGCGGGGACACAGGGGAGGCGGCAGUAGCAGCACAGCCACAGGAGAGAGAGGCAGCAUCUGGAGAUGAGGUUAGCGGCUGGGACCCAAACCCCCAACCUAACCCCAACUGUUAUUUAUCUGGAGAGGAGGGUGGCCAGUCCAUGCAGGAAACAGGACAGAGGCCAUCAGAGGUAGGGCCAGGGGGAUGGGAGGCAGGUUUAGAAGAAGGAGGGGCUGAUCCAGGGGCGGAAGAGGCAGGCAGGGGGGACCGCCGCAAAUCCACGCCGGGGCUUCGCAUCACCAACGAGCAUGACCAGGAGAUUGAAGAUACCACUGAGGGCAGUGAGCACGGCUUGUACCUGACACAGGGAGGAAGAGAUGGCUCCACACCAGAGAGGGGACUAUCUGGCCUGGCAGACCUAGAUGGUUCAGGCUCUGAAUAUGAGACAGCACAGGAGUGGGGCGAUGGAAUAGGCCAUGGUGAUGGAUGGGCCAGCGCUGACGAUGAACCUGCACCCACUGAUGCCUUGGCAGAUCAGGACAGUACCUCUGCCCAAGGAGGUUUUGCUGAUUGGGCUUCAGGUGAUCUGACUGACCAAAACGAGCAUGCUCAGGAAAGCCGAUUUGGCAAUGAUGCCUUUGCACCGGACUGGGCCCAAACAACAGAUCAAGCCUCAAUACAGCCAGCAGAAACAGAAAUAAUAAGUGUACCAGAACACUCCCAGAGUGCAGCUGAAUCUUUUAACAGCACCAACCUGUUCAGUGUAGGAAAAGACCCAUUCGAACACACAGGAGUGCCCCUAGAAGAUAGCUUGUCCAGAGAAAAAGUCAUAGGAUUUGCAUCUGCCUCUUUUUUCAAUACCUUUGGGGGUUUGGAGGGGUUGGAGACCCAUGGUGGAGGUGGAUUUGAACCAAAUACCUCCACAGAAACUCUUGGGAAGGAUGGGAUGAGUGGAUUUGAAUCAGAUCCUUUUGCAGAAAUUCAAGGGGGAGGUGGGUUUGAGUCAGAUCCCUUUGCAGAAACUCAAGGGGGAGGUGGGUUUGAGUCAGAUCCCUUUGCAGCAACUCAAGGGGGAGGUGGGUUUGAGUCAGAUCCCUUUGCAGCAACUCAAGGAGGUGGGUUUGAGUCAGAUCCCUUUGCAGAAACUCAAGGGGGAGGUGGGUUCGAGUCAGAUCCCUUUGCAGAAACUCAAGGGGGAGGUGGGUUCGAGUCAGAUCCCUUUGCAGAAACUCAAGGGGGAGGUGGUUUUGAGGUAGAUUCCUUUGCAGAAACUCAGGGGCAUGCUGUGGAGCAAGGAUUUUCAACAGAUCUCUUUGUGAACACUCAGGGUGGAGGUGGGUUCGAGUCAGACCCUUUUACUAAUACCAAGGAGGGAAGUGGGGUAGCAGGUGAUUUUGCUACAGAUCCUUUUGCAGAAACCACCACAGAAGGUGGGACAAGUUGGGCAGCAGACCCUUUUGGCAAUACACCAUCAGCAGGAACAGAAGGUGCCACCAAUAACACCGGCUCCUGGCAGGAAGUUAGCGACAGCAGUGGAUUCUUCUCAGAUGGACAGCGCGAUUUUCUUGCCUUUCCUGGUGCAGGAGGCAGCGAAGGAGCAGCGAAGGAAGUAAGCACCCCCAGAGCUCACAAAGAGCCAGAGAAUUCGGACCUGUCUGAAGACGAGGUGGCAAACCGGAGAUACGGAAAGUUGUAUCAAGAGAUAGAUACAGAGAAGGAAGAGGUGACCAACAAUGCAUUUAAUGGAUUUUCACAGGAUUCCAGUGCCCCAGCAUUCUUUGCUGAUUUUGAUAAAAUGAAUGAGUCCACUGGUGUCCCUGCCACCGCUGCCACUGAGGCUGAUGUGGACACUAUAACAGCUGUUGCCACUGAAGCUGCAGAGGGUGCUGCUGCCUGCGAGACAGAGGCAGGGCCUGAGGCAGUCGCAGAGGCAACCCCAGAGGCAGCCCCAGAGGCAGUCCCAGAGGCAAGGCCUGAGGCAGCCCCAGAGGCAAGGCCUGAGGCAGCCCCAGAGGCCAGGCCUGAGGCAGCCCCAGAGGCCAGGCCUGAGGCAGCCCCAGAGGCAGCCCCAGAAGCCAGACCUGAGGCAGCCCCAGAGACAGGGCCUGAGACAGCUGAGGGCCAGGAGCCUGCUGCCUCUACUGAGGAGGCUGAGGAAACCAGGAGUUCCACUGCCCCUAAAGAGAAGACGCCUGCUUCCCCUGUUGAGUCUCCUGAUGAGCCUGCUGCCACUGAGGGGGCUGAACAAGCCGAGGUCCUCCCUGUUGAAGAGGCUGAAACACCACCCCCUAUUGAGGAAGUACCGCUGGAAUGUGUUGCCAACCCGGAGGAAAGGAAGGAGCCCCCCCUGGAGGAGGCUCCGACCGUAGUGGCUGAGCCAGUGGAUGAGAACCCUAAGGAGGCUACUGUGGCCACCACUGAGGGUCCUGCAGAGGUGGGGCCGGAGGAGGAGAAGAUGCCCAUCCCAUCUGUGGUGAUUGAACCCGCCUCUAGCAACGAGGGUGAUGAUGACCGUGACGGUGACAUAAUCUCCCCAACAACUAUCAGUGACAAUGGGGUGGCACCUGAUAACCAACCAGCCAAAGACAUCAGUUCCUCUGGUGGAUUUCCCCUUGACUUCAUGUAUAAGGUAGAGACCCUGCAUGAUUUUGAGGCAGCAAACUCGGAUGAGCUUGAACUGAAGAAAGGUGACAUUGUUCUAGUCGUCCCCACAGCUCUUGCAGAAGAUCAGGAUGCUGGUUGGCUGACGGGUAUGAAGGAAAGUGAAUGGUCACAGCUAGGAGCUGAUGCCCAUAAAGGACUCUUCCCAGAAAACUUCACACAGCGUUUGGAUUAACCGGCUAAGCCCCAUGGAAGGGCAAGAGACCUGCAACCUCCAAACGUCUGGAUAACUGUCUGCUGACAAGUCUGUGACCUUGUCCACAAGGCAUAAAAAGGCUCCCUAUAAAGGAAACGACAAAUCAACAGAAAUUAAAUUGUGGACAAACACUAGUACCUACUCAAAGCAUAACGAAAAAUAACAUGAGCAUGAUGCGAAUAGUAAGGUCUACCCUCCUUAAUGAAUUGAGACACUUCUUUGUUUGUUUGUUUGUUGAUCUGUAAGCGAAGGCAACAUUUGAGUGUGCUUUGUUGGAAGUGCUUUGACCUCCACAUAUGAUUCCGUUUGAUCAGAAGAAAAACGAAAACGAGUAAAAAGUUACCUUGUCCUCUGCACCAAGUGUAUCGUGUUGAUUUUGUUGCUUUGCAACAGAAUUUAUCAGAACCUGUAGUGCUAUGAUCUAUUUAACCGUUCUUAAGUGUUACACAAAACUUUCAGUGUUUCUUUCAGACAUUUCAGACAUAAAUGUUACCUUGCAUCAUUGUUAGUGUUUUCUUGUAGUGUCAUGGCUGAACGUGUGAGGCUAUGGUGAUGAUUUCUUUGGCGUACUCGGUGUUGACAUUGUUCAUUGACAAGACUCGCUGUGCUCUUGCCAAAAGGUAGUGGACUUGGACAUUUUGAACAUCGAAAUGGGCAUUCAAUGAGUUUCCAGCAUGAAUAAUAAUGUUUUGUGAUGAAACAAGUUCCUAAAAACUGGCAGAUACAGCUUUUACAAAGCUGGAAAAAAUCUAUGUAGCUCCCCUCCACAGAAUAAAUAAGUGUAUAUCCUUAUAGCCUACCUUAUACAGUAUCUGCAAUUACAUAUACACAAACUAAGUCAACCAGGUGAAGAUCUAUGAAGAUAUUUAUUUGUGAAUGAAAUGUUAUGUUCUGAUAAAUUUUAUUUUACUUUAUAUUUUUUAAGUCAAAGAUCACUGGGAAGGUGUUGGGUGUGAAAUCCGAUAUGCAAUCUAUGUAAUUGGUUUAUAUAGGGUCCCAAUAGUCCAACUGUUCAGUAUAGAAAUGAUUAUGAUGUCACUCCUGUGUUCGUACAGUUAGCCCUUACUGUAGAACUUUUCUUUUGUGAUGUACAUAUCUGUGAUUACUAUAUUAUCAUAAGUGAAUAAAGAAUAGUUCAUAUGGUACAUUUCA